AUGGCGGACGGCCCCCUAGCAUCCUUAUCACUGACCCAUGUCCAUUAUAAUCCUGAGGAUCUGCUCUCCUAUGUAUCCGCUUAUCUUGCUUUAGUGCCCCAGGCCCUGGUCAUCUCCUAUGUCACCCUUGCCUGGGCGUCCAGAGAAGUCGAAGUCGUCUUGAUGUUUGCUGGUCAGAUGGGCUGUGAGGCGCUGAACUUUGUCCUAAAGCGCAUCAUCAAGGAAGAAAGGCCAAAACAAAUGUUCGGCAAGGGUUAUGGCAUGCCAUCGUCGCAUGCCCAGUUUAUGGCUUUUUUUGCCGUAUACGCUGGACUCUUCUUGGUUCUCCGACAUUCCCCUGCCUUAACCCGCCCAGCAGCCACGGUUCAUUUUGGGGUCCGAGCCCUCCUCUCUCUUGUGCUGUGCGUCGCUGCUGCUGCAGUGGCUGUCAGUCGCGUUUACCUGAACUAUCACACUCCCAAGCAGGUCCUGGCGGGCUGUAGUGCGGGUGCCUCGUGUGCCCUCGCGUGGUUUUUCGUUACGCGGCAGAUCCGCGUCCUCGGCUGGGUCGACUGGGUACUAGACUUGAAAGUCUCGAAGUUUUUCCGGCUUCGCGACUUAGUGGUAAACGAGGACCUUGUAGAGGCCGGAUGGCAACACUCGGAAGCGAAGCGGGCUUCGAAGCGGAAAGGAAACAGUGAGCGUCGUUCAAAGAAAACCGAAUGA